AUGCCCGACAACAUGCAGCUCCCUGCUCACCUACCAGAGUCUGGCACCAACGAAGAAUCGAAUGGAGUGCAGGAAGGUAGGAGCCGGGUUAAACGGACGCUAGGUAUGCCCACCGAUGAGGUGGCCGACAGGAAGCAACGAAGACUCCGGUUCAGGGGUCAGCUAGGCGGUGAACUCUCUCAGGAGAACAAAGGGUUAGCUGCGACGCAGACCGCGAGGGAAUCAGCCUCUAUCGCUGGAACACCAGUUGUCUCAUCAACAGCACCGAUGAACAAUGCUCCAGAGCGAAAGCCCUGGCAGUCUCUGGUCGUUGGCGACUUGGGCCAGAACCUUAGUUACAUCGAAGAAAAGGACCGCGAGAUCGAGCAGUAA